CGUACGUAAUGACGUAACAGGGGCGGAAGUAAAAUCUCUUUCUGGCUUAACAACCAUCGAAUCUCCACAAUAAGUCGUAUUGUUCGUAUUUAUUUACCUAUAUGUUAUGUUUCGCUUAGACUUACGUUGUAGUAUUAAGUUAAAAAGAAAACAAAAAUUGUUAUCUGGAUGUUUCAAACAAGAAUACCAUAAUUAAGUGCUGUAUUGUUAGCCUUUAGCUAGCGUAGUCAACGUUGUAUCGCAAUUAAAAUGAAUGAGCACGUGUAGUUAACUAAUCGGAACUGCGAUUGACAGCUUGUGACUCGUGUUUAUAAACAAUCUAAUAAAAAUAACUAUGGCUACUGGUGCUGAUGUUCGGGAUAUUCUGGAACUGAGCGGAGUGGAUAACGAUGGUCCCAUCAGCAAGAAAGACCUGAUCAACUCCGAUAAGAAAAAAUCCAAGAAGGCAACAGAGACCCUCACCUUCAAGAGACCCGAGGGAAUGCACAGAGAGGUUUAUGCUCUGCUUUAUUCUGAUAAGAAGGAUGCACCUCCUCUGCUGCCGAGUGAUACUACUCAAGGUUACAGGACAGUCAAAGCUAAGCUAGGGUGUAAAAAGGUUCGCCCCUGGAAGUGGAUGCCCUUCACAAAUCCUGCUCGCAAAGAUGGAGCCAUAUUCCAUCAUUGGAGACGGGUAGCAGAGGAGGGCAAAGACUAUCCUUUUGCUCGUUUUAACAAGACUGUGCAAGUACCUGUGUACUCCGAGCAAGAGUAUCAAACACAUCUUCAUGACGAUGGCUGGACAAAAGCAGAAACAGACCAUCUCUUUGAUCUGUGCAAGCGCUUUGACCUACGUUUUGUUGUUGUCCACGAUCGCUAUGACUACCAGCAAUUCAGGAAACGCUCAAUAGAGGACCUGAAGGAACGAUACUAUAGUAUUUGUGGUAAGCUGACAAAGGUCCGUGCUCCAUCUGGAACAGAACCAAAGAUCUACAUUUUUGAUGCCGGCCAUGAGAAGCGACGCAAAGAACAACUGGACAAGCUCUUCAAUCGAACACCUGAACAAGUGGCAGAAGAGGAGUAUCUUAUUCAGGAGCUGAGAAAGAUCGAAAACAGGAAGAGGGAGCGUGAGAAGAAAGCCCAGGAUCUGCAGAAACUCAUUAAAGCGGCUGAUACGACGACAGAGCUGAGGCGUGCAGAAAAGAGGGUUUCCAAAAAGAAACUCCCUCAGAAAAGAGAGACAGAAAAACUGGCUCUUCCAGAGAUGGCCGGCAUCAAGUUCCCUGACUUUAAAUCGUCAGGCGUUACGCUGCGCAGUCAGAGAAUGAAACUGCCGAGCUCAGUUGGCCAGAAGAAGAUCAAGGCCAUUGAGCAGAUCCUUGUGGAGCAAGGAGUGGAUCUCAACCCCAUGCCCACAGAGGAUAUCGUACAGAUGUUUAAUGAGCUUCGCAGCGACUUGGUACUGCUGUACGAACUCAAACAGGCCCACAGCAAUUGUGAAUACGAGCAGCAGAUGCUGCGACAUCGCUACGAGGCUCUGCUGAAAACAGGCAGCGGAGCUGGGUGUGGAGGUACCACGGCAGGAGGACUGGCUAGUGUCCCACCGGGCGGGGAUCUCGGUUCCAUCAACAGUAAUACAUCAUCCACCCCAGGAGCUGACACCCAGUCCUGGCUCGGUGCUGAGGAUAUUAAGAUGGAGCCUAAGGAGCAGAUCAUCGAUGUAGUUGGAGCUCCUCUCACCCCCAACUCGCGCAAGCGGAGAGAAUCGGCUUCCAGCUCAUCUUCGGUGAAGAAGGCGAAGAAGCCUUGAUGAGAGCUGCAGCCGGCGCACUCUGGAGGACAAAUUACUGUGUUACUUAUUGUGAUGACAGUGGAGUGCCCAUGAGCAUUAUGGCUGGACAGGACUCACACAACCACAUUAUCGUAGAUGCACCACUGACUACACACAGAUACACACAACAUCUCACCUACUAACGAGACCUCUCCAAACCCUCCCCAUCUGGCUGUGACAAAGGCAAUGACUGAGUGACAUUUCAUUCCAUUACGGCUCGUCUCCCUGCCUCCACCAACCGGUUGGCCAUAGAUGAGGCAAGACCAACUGUAAAUUGCCAGGCUGGGCUAAUCGGGACAGGGUGAAGAAGGCGGGAAUGACUGGGUAAUUGAAAUGAAUUGGAAUGAAAGAACGGAGUCAGAGAGUGGGAGGACCUGGAGCCGCUGUGCUCAUUUGAGCCAUCUGAUGUUUAUUUUGGAGCCUAAUAAUGCCAUAGUGUUUACUGGAAAUGUGUUUCGUGUUAGCCUGUAGUACCGAGACCCUCUCGACCUGGAGUGCUUUUUUUUUUUUCUUCCCAUUCCUUCCGUUGGACUAGAGAGGCUGAUUUCUCCGUGCUCUCCUCAGGUGACCUUGGAGAUUAUUCAGCCUGUAAUUCAAUAAACACCAGUGUCUUGUUUUUAACUGA